UAUGGGAAGUUAGUGUCCAGGGUAUCUGUAGGUGCCAUACAGCGCAAUAUGAAAAUACGACAGACAGAAUGACGACUUUGCAGUCAGUGUCACCAAAACAGACAGGUACCGCUCUAGGCGGUGUAGUAAUUAUAUUUCUCUCGAUCUUGCUGAUUCGUCAGCUUUUAAAGCAGAGAAGACCCAGAGGUUUUCCGCCGGGACCGACACCUUUACCUAUAAUUGGGAACGUCCUCUCUCUUGUAUCAGAGCCGCACGUCUACAUGAAGAAACAAAGUGAAAUCCAUGGACAGAUAUUUAGUAUGGAUCUUGGUGGCAUAUCAACCAUUAUAAUCAAUGGUUAUGAUGCUAUAAAAGAAUGUCUUUUACAUCAAAGUGAAAUUUUUGCAGACCGACCAUCUCUACCUCUUUUUAAAAAACUGACAAACAUGGGAGGAUUGCUGAAUUGCAAGUAUGGAAGGGGAUGGAUUGAACACCGCAAACUUGCUGUCAGCAGCUUCCGUUUCUUUGGCUACGGUCAAAAGACUUUCGAAAACAAAAUUUCAGAAGAAUGCAUGUUUUUUAUCGAUGCUAUUGACGAAUACAAGGGUAAAUCUUUUGAUCCCAAGCAUCUGAUAACAAACGCAGUGUCUAAUAUUUCUAACCUCAUCAUUUUUGGCGAGCGUUUUACAUACGAUGACACUGAGUUCCAGCACAUGAUCGAGAUCUUUAGUGAAAACGUUGAGCUAGCUGCUAAUGCUUGGGCGUUCCUCUACAAUGCCUUCCCAUGGAUCCGGAUCCUGCCCUUUGGUAAACACCAGAGGCUAUUUAAAAACGCUGCAGAGGUGUAUGACUUUCUGCUCAAAUUAAUCGAGCGUUUCUCAUGCAACAGAGUGCCUCAUUCACCCAGGCACUUUAUUGAUGCCUAUCUGGAUGAGAUGGACCAAAAUUCUAGUGACCCUGAAGCAUCAUACUCUAAAGAGAACUUAAUUUUCUCUGUCGGUGAGCUUAUUAUUGCAGGGACUGAAACAACGACUAAUGUAAUGCGAUGGGCAGUGCUAUACAUGGCUCUAUACCCUAACAUUCAAGAAAAGGUGCAUAAAGAAAUAGAUUGCUUUGUUGGGAACAACAGGACUCCAACUUUAGAAGACAAACCAAAAAUGCAGUAUACUGAAGCAGUUCUUCAUGAAGUUCUGAGGUUCUGCAAUAUUGCUCCACUUGGGAUUUUCCAUGCCACUACAAAAAACACAAUUGUGAGGGGAUACACCAUACCAAAAGGGACCACUGUCAUAACAAACCUAUACUCUGUUCAUUUCGAUGAGAAAUACUGGAGCAACCCAGGACUGUUUAGUCCAGAGAGGUUUUUGGACAGCCAAGGGAACUUCUGCAAGAAAGAGGCAUUUGUCCCAUUUUCACUAGGCAGAAGACACUGUCUUGGAGAACAACUAGCUAAAAUGGAGAUGUUCCUGUUCUUCACAAUGUUGCUCCAAAGAUUUCACCUUCAGUUCCAGAAUGGCUUGGUUCCCAAUCUAGCAGCUAAACUAGGAAUGACUUUACAGCCCCAUCCUUAUCUCAUCUGCGCUGUCAGGCGCCAACUGUGACUGCAAAUGCACUGCAAACAUGAACACUGACAGAAACAUUUACCUCAGGUGAGAUCUAGGUUUUGUUUGAAAUAAUACUAAACAGUGGUAGCAUUACUUGAGACCGAUUACAGUUCUGUAAUUUCCCAAAUUCUGGGUAUUUUUUUAAAUAAUUUGUCAAAUACAGAAACACUUGGUAGUUUUUUUUUGUAUUAACAUAUCAAGUUUGUGUGUACAUUUUCUUAAACAGCAGUAGCGGAACAAGUGGAAAAUAGACAGGAACACACUUAUUUUAAAGAAAGUAACCCAAACCUGUCCUAAACCAUAAUGUCAAAAUCAGGUUUGACAAGAUUCCUUUAUUAGUUGUUUUACAUUGUUUAAAAUGUUGACUGUAAUCUUAUACAUGUAAACAAAAAAAUGCUUAAUGCUCAGCAUUGACUUUAUUUUAGCAUACACUGUUUGAAUCUUAAACUGUGGGUAGAGGUUUUAUUUUUUUUUGGUCAAUAAUGUUACAAAUCACAAAGCCUUAUAUCACACACCAUUUGAGGGAGUGUCAUCAUAAAUGUGUUGGCCUAAUAUGGUGCACAUAUAUAUCCAAUGCUUUAUUAGUUAAGUUCCUUAACCAUUGUUGUCCAGUAAAAAUGUGUACAGUCAGCUCUCACAUAUCCAACCCUAUAAAAGUUUGACUUCAGUGAUGGUUAAACGAGUGUGACGCAUAUCUGAUUAUUUCAUUUUGGCUCUUUCCAACCCUUGUCCGUUUUUUCAAGGCACACAAAAAAGAUACAAUGUCAAAAAUACAUAGCUGAAAGGACUUUGUUAUAAAAUAUGUAGGCUUCCAUUAGAUGUACUGUAGUUGGUUUUGUUGGUACAGUACUAUAUUUUCAACAGAAGAAGUAUUUUAAUUCAGAACGAUAUGAUUCUGAAAAUAUCACUUGCCAAAAGAGACGACAUGUUAACUGUAAACAGUACAUACUUUUAAAUCCGGUAUUGUAGCAGUAUGUGAAAUUCCCCAUUAACGACCCAACAGCAGAAUGAAAUCAAAAUUUUACCCAUGCACAGAACUGCAUAAAAAUGUAAAAGGCAAUGCAAUUUACUCAGUAUUCAAAAUUGCAGAAUAUAGUGCUCAACAAGGCCCUAAUGUCACAGUUCACUUGCAAAUGAAAAUGCACGAAAGCAACUAAAGAUCACGGAUUUAAAAAAAAAUGCAUCACAGUAUCUGAAACAGUUUAAUGAUCAACUUUUACAUUACCGUAGCUUGUCUCAUUCGCUUUGUUUUUCCUGCAUUUUCGUUGUGUGAAACUGGAGGAAGCGCUGUGUAACUGCACAAUAAAGACAGACUGAUUUGGCAAAAAAAAGAAACGUAGGCUGUGAUGGAUAAACAAGUAUAUUGUAACAGUGAAGAGAUGGGCUUUGUAUAAAAAAAUUGGUGACGGAGUCGGAAAUCGCGUGUGACGGGUAAGUGCAUUAAUUUGUUACAUAUAUAUAUAU